UAAUUUGAUGUCAACAAACUAGGCGCACUGCAUAUUUACUGUUUAUCUUUGCUAUGCGCAUUUUAUAGUUUUCUAUCAGAUAAUGGCUCACAUACAAUUCGUGGACGAAUUGGUGCGUGAAUACUUAUUAUUCAGGGGUUUUACAUCUACAGUGAAAGCUUUCGACAACGAUUUAAAGACAGAUAAAGACAAAGGUUUUAGAGUCGAUAAAAUAGUAGAACAAAUUGUACAUUAUAUCAAUGUCUCCGACCUAAAUGGUUUUAAAGAAUACUGGUCGCACUUAGACACACUUGUUUUCUCGAAAUUGGAGAUUCAUGUUCAACCAGCUGUUAGGAAGCUAGAAUACAGCCUUUACAAGUUGUACUUAGUGACAGCAGCACAGAGCACCGGUGCAGUUCGUAAUGAACGAAUAAUAGACUUCCUAUCGAAAAUGCUACCUGAACUUCAAGGCCAGAAUGAGUGGAGGGACUGGUUCAUGCUACCGUUCAUUCAGAAGCCAGAAGAGAACCCCUCAUUCAGCCUGUACUUCACCCGGGCAUGGCAGGACAGUGUGCUGGUGUCUCUCCACAACCUGCUAGCUACAGUGUUCCAGUGCAUGCCACAACCAACACUCACUAGCUAUGAAAGUGAUGCUGCUAUGGUGAAAAGACUUCAAGACAAAUUGGCUGCUGUCUUUGGAAAGGCACAACCUCAACAACUAGUAGAGAAGACGUCGCCUAUCGGCCACCAGUCACGCCUCUCUCAGUAUUCAGAGAGAUUGAGUGGGCCUCUUCCAUUAGUGGACGACUUCUGCGCAAUACCAUCUGAACAGCUGGAGAGCGGCGUGCGCGAAGCCAAGGGCCUUCGCGGCCUCCUACGACAAAUGGGCGGCAGCCCCGUCAUGGGCAGAAAAUCAGGACGAUCUCAUAGCCAAAACUAAUUCCUAUAUUAUAUGUACUAUAGUUGUAAAUAAA